AUGAGCUGUUUCAUCACUUUUCCGGGGACAGAGUUUUUCAGCCGUGGGCCUAAUGUGUUGCACCAGUACAGCAAUGCACCGCAAGCUGUGUUCUUUCCCGCUGUCCCAAACAUGAUGUUGCCACCGAAAACCUUCCAAGGGAAAUUGGCUUUUAUAACUGGUGGAGGUACUGGGAUUGGCAAAGCGAUGACAACAGCCCUCUCCAGUUUGGGUGCCACAUGUGUUAUAGCAAGCCGGAAGCUUGAUGUUUUGAAAGGAACAGCUGAAGAAAUUUCUUCCGAAACAGGGAAUAAGGUUUAUGCGAUCCAGUGUGACGUGAGAGAUCCUGUUUCUGUUAAGAAUACUGUCGCUGAAUUAAUCCAACUUGGAGGACCUCCUAAUAUUGUGAUAAACAAUGCAGCUGGAAACUUCAUUUGCCCUUCUGAGCGACUUUCUACUAAUGCAUGGAAAACAAUAACUGAUAUUGUGCUUAACGGUACUGCCUUCGUCACUCUGGAAAUUGGGAAGGAGCUCAUUAAAGCACAAAAAGGAGCAGCGUUCCUGGCUAUUACGACAAUUUACACAGAGAGUGGUUCUGGAUUUGUGAUGCCAAGUGCCUGUGCCAAAGCUGGUGUAGAAGCAAUGAGCAAGUCUCUUGCGGCUGAAUGGGGUAAAUAUGGCAUGAGAUUCAAUGUGAUUCAACCAGGUCCAGUAAAAACAAAGGGUGCUUUUAGCCGUCUGGACCCAACAGGCACAUUUGAGGGUACAUAUAUAGAGAGGAUUCCCUGUGGCCGUGUGGGAACUGUAGAAGAAAUUGCAAAUCUUGCUACCUAUUUAUGCAGUGACUACGCGAGCUGGGUUAAUGGAGCAGUUAUUAGAAUGGAUGGUGGAGAAUUUGUUGCUAUAGCAGGAGAAUUGAAUGAAUUGAGGAAGGUUACCAAGGAGGAGUGGGAUGUGAUGGAAGCAAAGAUCAGGGAAACAAAGGGCUCCUAAAGUACCAUUUUACUGUGUUCCUGGUGAUGGUUUUAGGAAACAAACUACUG